AAAAAUGGGAAGAGACGAAUUUGGUAAAAACAGAAAAAUGAAUUAAAGGGGAAAAGAAAAAGUUUUUGACGAUGUUUAAGAAAAAGACAUUAUGGCAACAUAGUAAAAAGUUAAAAAUAAUGAUAAUUCUGAUUCAGAAAAUGAUGAAAAGCCAAAAAAGACAACUACUUAAGGUUAAACAGAAGAAAAAAAAGAAGAUUAGGAAGAUUCUAAUAAAGAUGAACUUUAUUUUAAUAGAAUAAGAUAAUAAGGUGCAAAAACAUACGAAAUGCCAGUUUCUUCAAGUGAUGAGGAAAACGAAGUUUAAAAACCUGUAAAAAAAUAGGAAAAACCAUAAACUAAACCAUAAGGUAAAGCUAUUUAAUAAUAAUAAAAAAAUGAUAGUGAAUAAUCUGAAAGUGAAGAGGAAAAACCAUAAAAAAAAUAAAGUAAUGUAAAAAGUGGUGGAGGUGGAUAAAAAAAUUAAAAAAAAUACGGAGGGGAUGAUAAAGGACCUUAAAAUAAUCAAUAAAAAUCAGAUUUAGCAAGACUGGCGGAAAUUAGGGCGAAAAGAGAUAAAGCAGCUAAGGAAAAAUAAGAAUUAUAGAAAAUGGAAGAUUAAAAAAAUGAAAAAGAAAAAAUUGUAAAGAAAAAAUGAAAAAUGUUUUUUUUAUUAAUUUUUUUUUUUGAAAUAAUCUU